AAAUGAAGAAGAAGAUGAAGAACAGUGGACCAACGUGGCCGUUGCUAUUGCUAUUAGCCUGCAUUGAUCAAAGCUUGCAACAGCCAUGCCAAUAUAGAGGGUCGGGCUGUUAUUUUCAGCAGAAUAAUGCCGAUAAAUGCGAGUUUAAUUGUCCGUCACACAUCGUGCAUUCCAGAUUUGAUAUUCAUAUCUGGCCAAAGGAUGCUGUGAAAAUACAAUGCAACAGUGAUCCACCUUGGUCAAUUUUCAAAUUAAAUUCAACUGGCGAAGUUGAACAUGUGAAUGAGGUUCGAUUCGAGUCAUGUUUUCUACCUGAAGUGCCGUUACACGAAAUAACUGAAAGGAUUGGCGUUCAACCGACAAAGAAGCUGGAAUUUAAAUCGUACAGAAAUCUGAGCUCUAUCUUGAAGCGCCGUCAUUUGUCAGGAUUUCCGAAAAUAGAGGAAUUAAGUUUAAAUUUGAAUAAUUUGCGUCAGGUUCCAGAUGAUUUAUUGGAUGAUUUCCCGGAGUUGAUCACUUUGGAGUUACGACAAAAUGAAAUAGAAGACCUGCCCAAAAAUUUUUUCAGCAAUUUAUCAAAGUUGCAGACUCUGGACCUCGGGAAUAAUAGAAUGACGCGUAUGAAUCCAUCGCUAUUUUCUGGUCUUAAUCGGCUCAAGUUGUUGCAUCUUUGGGGUAAUCGCUUGACUGAUAUUGAUCCAUACACAUUUGUCGGUUUGACUGAUCUAAGAAGCCUCGGUUUGCAUAAUAACAACCUAACGACCCUUCGCCCGGAGGUCUUCAAGUCUCUGACGAACCUAACCGACUUGAAAAUUUCGGGGAAUUAUUUUACGUCGCUGCCUGAAGAUUUAUUAUCCGAAAACCGCAACUUGACAAAGUUAGCUUUGACAUUCAAUCGAGUUGUUUUGAUCACGUUACCCAACAGAUUUUUAAGCAACCUGCCUCGACUACAAGACGUAUACUUGCAAUACAGUAAAUUGACGCGCUUACCGGAAGACUUACUUUCAAAUAGCUCGGCAAUAAAAAUUCUUGAUUUAAAUCACAAUUCGUUGUCUACUCUUCCGAAAAACAUAUUCAAGGAUUUAACCAAUCUCACAAGUCUAAACUUGAGUUGGAACAAGAUAACGAGUCUUCCCGAUCGCAUAUUCCAGUCAAUGGCAAAACUUGAGAGGCUGGAGUUGCAGAAUAAUAACAUAUUCAAAAUUACUCAGAAUUUGUUUUCGGGACUUGGCGCUUUGGAUAAUUUGAACUUGGAAUCAAACGGAAUGCGGAUCAUUGAACGAAAGAGCUUUGGGCCGCUAACGUCGUUGAAAAUUGGACGAUUAUCGAAUAAUAAACUCACCCUGAUUGAUGACACGUUUCCAGGGCAAUUUUCACCUUUCGAUAGUUGUGUAAACUUAGUUGAACUAUAUUUGGCCAAUAACAGUAUUGCGCAGAUUUUCUCAGACUGGCAGUACAUACUGUCGAAACUUAACAAGAUAGACCUGAGAUAUAAUCAGCUUUCCGAAAUAAAAGCUGAUGAUUUGCAAUUCUUUUCGGAUAAGUUGACACUUGAUAUCAGACAUAACAAUAUCAAAGUAAUCGACUUAUCCUUCGCUCCAGCACUCGUUAAUUAUCAACACACAAAACUCGCCGCCGAUAGAACUGUAAUUGUAUUAGUGGAUGAAAAUCCAAUUGUCUGUGACUGCAGCUUGAACAGUUUUCUCGAAUAUUUGGACGGACAGAUGCAUCCAGACGUUCAAAAACUGUUCCACAUAAAACCUGACCAGUUGAAGUGCAGUGGCCCGGAAUAUAUGACAGGAACACGUGUCGCAGAUUUGAAAUACAAAUCUUUCGAAUGCCACACGUUGACGUGCGUGGAGGAGUGCAAUUGCCUGUUACGGGAAAAUGAUAAUACUAUCAUCGUGAAUUGCUCCCACAGAGGUCUUCGCGAAGCACCAAGGGGAUUGAUGAAUCUGACGCGUCGCAACGUCGAACUUGAUCUGAGGGGCAACUUUUUGACCGAGAUGCCAUCGUUUGGUAAAUCAGGUUACGGGAACAUCACGGCGCUUUUGCUUUCGCACAACAACAUAUCCAGUUUUUCGGCCACUCGCGUACCUCCGACACUUCAGGUAUUGGAGCUUGACGGAAACGACAUGAAACGAAUGAAUACGACAGCUCUGGGAAUUGUUGUGAAUUCGACGCCCCUGAAAAGGUUGACGCUCCACCGAAAUCCGUGGAUUUGCGAAUGCGAGGCGAACAGUUUUCGAGAGUUCAUCCAGAAUAACGGGAGGAGACUACCGGAGAUAUUGAAUACGUCUUGCGGGGAUGCAGCCCAUAGAGGGAAGACUCUUUCAACGUUGACGGCUGACGAUUUGUGCCCGUCUGCGACCAGAAAAAUUAUAGCAGGCAGCGUCAGUGUCGCGGUGGUCAGUUUGUUGUUCGGCAUUGUUGCAGCGUUGUGCUUCAAGUACCAAUUCCAAAUAGAAAUAUGGUUGUACAGCCAUCGAUUGUUCGGCAAGCUUUUUCCAGAGGAGACAGUGGACAAGAAUAAAAAGUACGACGCGUUUAUAAGCCACGCUCACCAGGAUCAAAAGUUCGUCGACGAAGAGCUGAUCCCUAAGCUCGAAAACGGCACCGACGCGUUCAAACUGUGCGUUCAUUACCGUGACUGGAAUGUCGGGGAAAUUAUACCGGAGCAGAUUACGAGAAGCGUCGAAGAAUCAAGGCGCACGAUACUCGUAGUCUCCCCAGAUUACGUAAAAAGCGAGUGGGGGAAACUGGAGUUCCAAGCAGCUCAUCGUCAGGCUCUCACCGAGCGCAGGAGCAGAGUCAUUAUCAUCGUUUACGGCGAAAUCGGGCCCACCGACCAGUUGGACGAGGAACUACGGGCCUAUUUGAAAAUGAACACUUACGUGAAGUGGGGAGAUCCUUGGUUCUGGGAGAAGCUGGUCUACGCGAUGCCUCAUUACAGGCGGGGAAGACCUCGUAAAGAAAAUGUACAAAGCAGAAGGACGCAGAGAGAAAAAAACAUAUUGAGAAAGCACCAGCAACUCCUCCAACUUAAUCCGGACAGAAAUGUACUCGUUCAUCCGCCCGGAGCAGCGGACACACGACCUCCUCUUACCAUUCAUCGUGUAUAAUCAGAUUGAUUUAACACGAGAAAGACAGAGUUCAGACGCGAAAAUAAUCGGUGGAAAAGACACGAUUCCUG